AUGUCGCGCCUUCCACAGCCCUCGUCCCCAAAACCACAGUCAAGAACACAAAGGAGCCCUUCAAUAUCGCACCUCGCGCCGCCGUCGCCCGCCACCUCCCGCCUGCGUUCUCCUUCUCCCACCACGUUCCCCACCUCGCGCCUCUCCCCAACCACGACAUCCUCCACAACCGCCUCCCCGGCGCGCCUCCGCACCAAGUCGACGCCGAAACCGGUGACGCGCAAGCCCGCCGUGGUCGAAGCGCCGCCGCUGCCCAAAGCCACCCCGCUGAGCAUCCGCGAGGCGAUCGCGCUCAAGCGCUCCGAGGCCAAGAAAGCCAUGACCGCCAGCGGGGGCGCGUCGCCCAUCGUGCGCGCUGCGGCUGGCCUUGAUGACGCGCUUUUUGCGCAGGAGGAUCCCAACCUCGACAUGGGGCGCCGCUCGGUGCGCGAGACGAUCGAGCGCGCGCGGAGCACAGGUCCCGCAAAGCUCGCGCUCGUCCCCGACGAGCCACCCCUUCCGGAGAACCCCAAGCGGCGGGGCGAGUCCGAAUCGGGCGCCCCUUCGUGGUUCGAGCAGCAGGACCUUUCCGUAUUGAAAGCCUGGAACAACGAAAUCGUCGAGCUGCAGCCGGAAAUAUCUUUGUUCGGUUCCCUGCAGAACGUUGACUUGCGCAACAACCGCCUGACCACCCUGCCUGACACCUUCCCGGACCUGACGUCUCUCACGGUGCUCGACCUGUCGCGCAACAAGAUCACACAUUUCCCCACUAAUUUUUUUGCGCUGCCCGCGCUCAUAUCGCUCAAUAUAUCGCACAACGCGCUUGUUUCGCUGCCGUUCAACACGCCUUUUUCUCACGGCGUCGCUCCCCCCUCGCGUUUGCGUUCGACCGACCUCUUCGCGACGGCGAUCGUCCGUGCCGAUCAACCUCUGCCUCGCCUGACGACUCUCGACGCCUCACACAACAAGAUCGCCGCCUCGUCCAUCGACAUCGACCACCUCCCCCAAGCUCUCGCCACGCUCGAUCUGUCAGAGAACCCUCUCGCGAGCGGCUCGGGCUCGGCGGUCGCCGCGCUCCUCUCCGCGCUCUCCACGCUUCCCAAGCUCGAAACUCUGCGCCUGAAGAAAGCUGAUCUCGAUGACCGCGCGUUCCCCUCCUCGCUCUUUCCCUCCGCAGACGUUUUUGAGAAGCUGACACUGCUCGACAUGGAGGAGACGCACGUGACAAAGGUCGCGGUCGCCAAGGCCUUCUCCGUCCUGUCCUCCCGCGAGUGCGACUUUGACGGCAUCGUCGCCACCGCCGCGGACGAGGACGACGUGGGGCCCCCGCCGCGAUCUGUCUCUGCCUCGAUCAUCAAGAUCAUUGUGGGGAAAAAGGUCGUCCGCGAAGCAUGGGAGAUCGAGGCCGAUCGACGCGCCAAACUUCGCAGCAGGCGCAGUGCCGGGAACUUGCGCUCUGCAGCGUCCGAGGAUGCCCAGCUCUCGUCCCUGGCGACUCCGCCGCCGCCUCCUCUCCCCACGACGACGCCGUCAACUUUGCGUGCGGCGCCUGCGAGAAAACUCGUCGAGCCGAAGCGUGAGGUGGCCAAGGAACAGUGGGAGAUCGAGGCCGAACAGGGCCUGCUGACUGAGGGCGGCCGGCGGCGCGCCAGGGCCCUCGCAGCAGCAGCUGCGCAGCAACAGCCAGCGUCUUCCCAAGAGGGAAGCCCCGCAUCUGACUCGGGCAACCCGGGCGGCCUGCUGCUCAAGAGCAAGUACUACGAUGCGCGCACGCAAACACUCGCGCUGCCCGCCCUCGCGCCCCCGAGCCGGCGGGCGGGCCACAAGCACGGGUUCUCCCUCGCGUCGAACGCAUUCUCCGGCAGCGCGGAGAGCGCGGACGUGGCAAUACCGAGUGCGACGCUGCCUCUGUCGUUCAUCGUCGCGCAGCCGUUCGCAGACACGCUACGGGUGCUGGCGCUCAAGGGGCGGCGGGCAGACUCGAGCUUCGUGUUGCCGAGCGAGGGCGGCGCGCGCGGGCCUUUUCUGGCGCGGCUAGAGGAGCUCUGUCUGGAAGGUUGCGGGCUGGGAGACGAAGUGGCGGUGGCGGCGGCGGGCGCGAGCGUAGGGGGCGAAGAGAAGAGGCGUGAGGAUGUGCUGGGGCUCGUCGCGCGGUUGUUCCCGAGCCUGCGGAUGCUGGACCUGUCGUACAACGACCUGGUGGGGGACACGCUGCGCGCGGAGACACUCGCACGGCUGCUGUCGUCCGCGCCUGGAGAGGGGCGGGCGGGGCUGCGGCAGCUGAGGCUACGCGGGAACCGGAUCGCGCGGCUGGACGGGUUCGUCGAGGUAGCGCGGACGCUGUUCGGUGCGGGCAAGAGCGGCGAGGGUGCGGGCGGCAGGUGGGUGCUGGAAGAGCUGGACGUGCGAGAUAACGCGGUGGAGGGGCUGGCGGGGGAGCUGGGGCUCCUGCCGCUGGAGGUAUUUUUGGUGGAGGGCAACGCGUUCCGGGUGCCGCCUCGGCGGAUCUGGGAGAGGGAAGGAACGAAAGGACUGCUGGCGUGGUUGAGGGCACGGGUGGUGGGAUGACUCGGAUAUGUUUUUGUGGAGAGAGUGAAUGCGAUGUUUAGUUAUUGUUUUACACGGACGAUGUGGUGUGCAACCGGG